AAGUCAACGCAAAAGAUGAGAUGUGGAGUUCAGUGGACGGCAGCGCGAGCGCCGGCGCCGCGCCGUGCGCGCGCGGCAAGCAUUCUGCCACGUUGCUCGGAGGCUACGUCUACGUGCUCGGGGGCAGAGGGGGAGGCGGCUCCGUGCCGCUGAGGGACUUCUGGAGAUACUGCUUGGCCACAGGAGAAUGGGAGCGUCUAGCAUGUCGCGGCGAGCCACCGCCAUCCUUACAAGAACACUCUUGCACCGCACACGGCAACAAGCUUUAUGUUUUCGGUGGCGAAGCUGGUGCGCUGGGCGAUACGCCACUUUGGGUGUAUGACACAGAGCUCGGUUCAUGGCGCAAGCUGCCCGGCCAACCGGCGCCCCCUGGACGCCGAGGCCCACGAGCCCGUGGCGGAGGGGCCGGACCUAGAGGCCGACGUGGACAUUCUGCUCAUGCGUUGAAGGAUUGUCUGCUGGUCUUUGGUGGUUAUAAGGAUCUGAGGGGGUCUACUAAUGAACUGUGGGCUUUUCACUAUGAAUCGGAAUCCUGGCACCAAGUACGAACAGCCAAUGCGGGCCCGGCCCGGCACCGGCAUGCGGCUGCCCUGCACGAUGCAAGGCUCUACGUGCAUGGAGGACAGAGCGAUUUGAGAGCUUGUGCUGAUUUGUGGCAUUAUGACACUAUGUCCCGAGUAUGGACGGCAGUGCGCCCCGCGCGCGGCUCCCGCGGCUGGCCGGGCGCGCGCGUCGGCCACGCGGGGCUGCGCGCCGGAGCCCAUCUUUACAUCUUUGGAGGGGAAGUUGACGGUCAUGCCUGUAACGAGUUGUGGAGGUUUCACUUCGCGACGGAGACAUGGGAGCGCAUCGUCCAGAGCGUAAACUGGCCCUCACCUCGCGUGGACUGCUGCGCGCUCCUCGUGCCCGGCGCCCCACGUCGAAUCCGUUCCGCCCCAGCACCUACCCCUGUCGCACCCCGUCCAGACCCCCCCGCAAGUCUUCUCAAGGAACUUUCCCGACUAUCUUCCAUACAUAUGCGACGAGCCGCCCGCUGUAGUUAUUCCGCCCUAGGCCAAGACUCCACGGAAAGCUUAGCCAACUCCCAGCUAUCGAAAUCCCAUUCCUCAUACGUCAUAGAACGCUCGAGCGAUGCCGGCCCGAAGGAAGCUGACGAGGCCGAACGCUUCCGUUCUGAUAUCUCUCGAGAACCUAUCUCAGUGCCAGAUUUCGCCGAUAUGGUCCUUCCAACCCCAGUUUUAUCCCCUAUUGAGGCAGCUAAGCUAGUCUAUCUAGACUCCGAUGAAGAGGAAGAUAUGAAGCGUGAAAUAGAGAGCAUGCGCAAGAAAGAUGACGUUCAAAUGCGACGCCUCGAUACGCCGAAAGUUGUGGCGAUUCCUAAGUCUGCAUCAGUCAGGUUUAGUAAAGACGUGACUACUACCGAAGACGAGGAGGGUGAGCUGUCAACAUCAGAUUACGCUAGUGCUGAGCGAGUUAAUAGACUAUCAGGGGCAUCGCUUGGGUUUUGUAAUCCUCACUACUUAGGGCCUGACGUUCGAGCGUUGGCAGCAUUGACACCAGAUUCAGGAGUAGGCGCGGGGGAUAUCGAGCUGCACGAUUUAGGGGAACGCCGCGCUCGGAGCGCUCAACGCAAUGGAGGAGAUUCCCAGCUACAUUUACUACUGGUGGGGGGUCGAGAACCCCCCCAUGUGGCUCGACUCCAAAGCCCCCUGUCCCUUUGGACUUACAGGCUGUUGUAGAUUCGUCCGUUCUUUGUGCUAGACUUAAAUAUAUUUUUCUUGUAAGUGAAGUUUUUGAGAUGUAUCGAGUGCAAGCAUUGGAGUUGCUAUUUUUGAUGUUUGUUGUGUCAUUAAUUAGUUAACAUAAGGUGUAAAACGUAUGAACGCGGCGGCGUUCACCGGCGGGUUUCACGCGGUUUCUAAAAAAUCUACCAAAUCCAUAAGGUAGGUAGCCGUCAAAAAGCAACUCCUAAUGCAGAAGCACUGUAGGUAUACUUCUAGCGACUCAAGAGUGUAAAACGCGUUUUCUUUUCAUGACGUGUUGCAUGUCCAAACUUCAGUUAGGUAAAUAUUGUUGUGUUAAUUUUCUUAAAGGGUGAAGGGUAUUUUAACGCGUUUUACGCUAUUGAGUACUUCUAGCGUUGGCAGUAAGCCUCGUCGUAGGAUAACUUAGGGAUCUGUAACGUCCAAUUCUUCUAUUGAUUAAUUACACUCAAGAAGCUUAUAUUAAGACUGGAGUUUUCACGUACUUAUACAUACCUACAUAGCAUAUAGCUGUGACAUAUUUUAAUGAGGCUACUAAGUAGGUGUAGGUACACGGUUGCCAAUGAGGCUUCCGACCACUGCAACCUUGAUAGGUGCCCACCGUGUAGAAGACAAUUGGUACCCAGCGAUUGGUAUCUAACCAAAUUGUUUUGUGCCACUACCUAAGUCAGAUUGGCGUUGGGCCAUGGACUAGGUUAUGGUCCUUGCAUUGGGCCGAACCUUGAAACCUGACCGUCAUAGGCUUAGUUGCCAACUGUGUUAAUGUGGGUUUUAUGUUGUGUCUUGUUUGGGAGAAUUCCAAUGCAAGGGAAUUGCUACUUAUAAGCCCUUUAGGGCAUCCCAUAAUGAUUCAAAGCGAUAAGCUUCAAUUUUGUGUAGGUAGGUAAUUAAUAUCUGACACCCUUAUAUAUACCCAUCUAAGAAUUAAAGAGAAUCACCGGAGUAUGAGUCGUAUUUCCUUGCCCGACUUUCCUCAAAUAAUACUCGUAGUUCUAGGUACAAACUCCAGACUUAUUAUAAACCUACAAUACGCUAAGGCGUAGCCAACUCAAGUAUUAUAAGGAAUACCUCUGUACAUUAAGUUGUUCGUUGUUUCCGUUGUUUUAUACUGUUUUAUUUGUAGAUCGAUAUUGUUUUUACUCAGUAAGCUUGACUAUGUUUCAAUGUUUAGUAUGUAUGUAUAUAGUCAACAUGGAGCAGGGAUCUGACAAUCCUUCUUUUGCUCGUUUUUGGCAUUUUUAGAAAAAAAAUUGGCAGUUAAUAUGCUCUGGCACGCCCACUUUGUCAGUAGAAAAGGGCGGCAAAUUAAAAAAACCGGGCAAGUGCGAGUCGGACUCGCGCACGAAGGGUUCCGUACCAUAAUGCAAAAAAAGGCAAAAAAAUCGGUCACCCAUCCAAGUACUGACCCCGCCCGACGUUGCUUAACUUCGGUCAAAAAUCACGUUUGUUGUAUGGGAGCCCCACUGAAAUCUUUAUUUUAUUCUGUUUUUAGUAUUUGUUGUUAUAGCGGCAACAGAAAUACAUCAUCUGUGAAAAUUUCAACUGUCUAGCUAUCACGGUUGGUGAGAUACAGCCUGGUGACAGACGGACGGACAGCAGUCUUAGUAAUAGGGUCCCGUUUUACCCUUUUGGUACGGAACCCUAAAAAUUUCGUAGCUGCCUGGUAACCUGCCAUAGAAAAUUUAAAUUUCGCGCCUUUUUCUACUGACAGUGGGUUUUUACAAAAAAAUUGGUUCUAAACCUAGAUGCCACUUAUACCCUGUACUUUCUUUAGCUUACAUGUGCAAAAUAAACUAAUUAGGUAGGUUUUUAGACUUACGGUACAGGUCUGUUUCAUUUCAACAUUUAAGCUUAGGCAGAGCAUGAGCCGGCUUAGGCUGGUAUUACCUAUAUAUUAAAAUAACAAUUUUAUAUAGAUAGAUUCUGUAUCUAAUCUCACCCAUCAUUCAGGCCUUUAGCAUCUUGACAGAUGAUUUAUGCAGCGUCUGUAAGCGAGGAACAACGUCUCUAGUGGCUGUAUAAGCCAAUGCGGGACCGGCAUUUGCGACCGCAUUUGUGGCAGGUGAAGCUGGGAACCAUGUCGGCAUCAUCAGGUGGAUUGUGCCUGCGCGUUUCUGAUGUCAAGACUAUAAUAGCAUAGCCUAAGUAGCUAGCCUACAAAACAUUCUAUACGUACCUAUUUUCUAUUUUGCCAAUUGUGAAACGGGAGAAUUCUUGUCAGUCUCAGUAUCCUCGUUGACUAGACUAACGGUGGCCGCACGUCAACCGCAAGACUGAUAGCGUAGUGUAGAGUGUGGUACUGUUUCGUCUGUUCUGUUGUCCGUACUUUAAGUUUGUGCACAAACUUCGAUGAUUCGAGGGAAAGGUGUAAAAGGCCGUCUGUUUUGUUUCGUACGUAGAUGUAUCCACAUUUGUGAUGACUUGUCCAUUAAGUACAAUUUGAGGUUAUUAAACGUAUGAUGUCCA